UCUUUUUGACUUUCAACCCCCUUCUCAGACCUUACCUCACCAACGCUCAACUCAACUCAACUCGACUCACUUCAAACAGCGCAAAAGCACAAGCCAGCUGUCAACAUGCACAUCCUCCUCACCAACGACGACGGCCCGCCAUCUCCUCACUCCUCUCCCUACGUCCACUCCCUCGUCCACCAGCUCCAGCAAGCCGGCCAUGUCGUCUCCGUCUGCCUCCCGCACACCCAGCGCUCCUGGAUCGGCAAGGCGCACAUGAUCGGCCAGACCGUCAAGCCGCUCUACUACCGCCCCUCCACCGAGGGCCUCUUCGGCACCGAAGGCACGACCACGACCCGGCCCUCGGCCAACGGCGCCGACGACGAGUGGAUCCUCGUCGACGGCACGCCGGCGUCGUGCGUGCAGAUCGGCCUGCACCACUUCUUCCAGGAGCGCGGGCCGGUCGACCUCGUCGUCAGCGGACCCAACUACGGCCGCAACACGACGGCCGUGUUCGCGCUGAGUUCGGGCACGUUGGGCGGUGCGCUUGAGGCGGCGGUGUGUAAGAGCAAGGCGAUUGCGUUGAGCUACGCCUUCUUCUCGCGGAACCAUGAUCCUGUUAUUAUCGAGGGCGCCGCGAGGCACUCGGUCAAGGUUAUUGAAAAGUUGUAUCAGCAGUGGCCUGCGGGUGACGAGGUGGAUCUGUAUAGCGUCAACGUGCCGCUCGUCGAGGGUGUGGAGACGCACAAGACGUUGUUUACAAACAUGCUGCAGAACUACUGGCGCGACGGCAGCUGCUUUCAGGAGAUUGAGGGCGAUGCUGGUGAUGAGGAUGAAGAGGAGGAGAAGAUUCGCGAGGGCGCGUUUGGGGAGACGUCUGCUGAGAAGCCGAAGGAGGGCGAGGAGGCAAAGGCUGGGGGUGGAGUUGCCAAGAGCCAUCGACACAAGCACUUCAAGUGGGCGCCGAGAUUCACGGAUGUGUAUCAGAGCGUUGAGGAGGCUGCCCCUGGCAACGAUGGAUGGGCUGUGAAGGAGGGCUACACGAGUGUGACGCCCCUCAAGGCCAACUUCUGGCAUGCUUCCCAGGAACUCCAUCAGAAGGAGCUGAUUCUUGACAGCCCGCAAGCUGAGGCGCCGGCAAAGGCAGAAGCAGAAGCCACUCGCUCGUCGACUAGACUCCCCAUGCGAAGUUCCACCUUUGGUGCCCAGCAGUCAACCGCCGCCACCACGACAACAACAGCCGCGAACCCAGAGUUCCACGCAAUCAUCAACUACGAAGACCCGUACGUCCAACCGCUCAUCCUCGAAGCCAUGGAACGCCUCUUCCCCGGAGCAUACUCUCUCCUCCCCUCGCCGCCGGACUCUACCGACGAAGACGACGAACCCACCGCCACCCUCGCAGCCAGCCUCCCCUCGCCAGACACCAAAAUCCUGCACAUCGCGCCCUACGAGUCCCUCGACUUCGACCACGUCGCGUCGCACCCCACCACCUCUUUCGUAAACAGCUACGUCAUCCGCAAAGCCCUGAUUCGGAAACACUACCUCUCGUCGACGGUGGACCACUGGGUCGCGAAGCACCCUUCCUCUUCGCUCAUGACGCAUGUCAAGCGCGGGGAGCACUUUGAGGUGGACUACGCCGAGUUCCUCGACGACGCGCUCGUGGAGGCGUUUGAUCUGCGGGAGAGCAUGGACAGGAACGAGGGCAUCGAAGAAGAAGACAAAAAGGAGUGGUGGAUUCUGAAGCCGGGGAUGAGUGAUCGCGGACAAGGGAUUCGGCUGUUUAGUUCGAUGGAGGAGUUGCAGGGCAUCUUUGAUGAGUGGGAGGAGGAGAGGCCCGACAGCGAUGACGAGGACGAAGACGAAGGCGAAGGAGUUGCAGACACUACUACUGCGGGAGGUGGUGAACGCGAAGGCGGAUCGGGAGGAGGAGACUACAUCACGACCUCGCACCUCCGCCACUUCGUCGCCCAGCCGUACAUCCACCCGCCCCUCAUCCUCCCCUCGGACGCGCGCAAGUUCCACGUCCGCACGUACGUCCUCUGCGUAGGCAGCCUCGACGUCUACGUCUACAAGCCGAUGCUGGCGCUCUUUGCGGGCAAGUCCUACCGCGCGCCGUGGGAGGACGCGGAUUUGGAUGGGCACUUGACGAAUACGUGUUUACAAGGGGGCGGGGGGGAGUCUGCCUUGCCGCCCGUGAAGCAAUUCUGGGAUCUGGUUUCUUCUGGAAAGGCCGAUGGUCUGCCCGCCGCCACGGCGGACCGCAUCUUUGAGCGGAUAUGCAACAUCACGGGCGAAAUCUUUGAAGCUGCCGCGCGGGAGAUGACGAUCCAUUUCCAGCCGUUGGGUAAUGCCUUUGAAGUGUUUGGGCUGGAUUUCCUCGUGGACGAGGAGGCGAAGCCUUGGCUGCUGGAGGUGAAUUCGUUCCCGGACUUCAAGCAGACGGGCGGGGACCUUAGGGGCGUGGUUGCUGGGUUCUGGGAGGAGACGUUGAGGGUGGCUGUUGGGGGGUUCUUUGGGGUUGAGCCUGUUACUGCUAGUGGUGGUGGUGGUGGUGGUGGUGGUGGUGGUGACAUGGUUCAUGUUAGACGGGUUGAUCUGGGCAGACGAUAAGGCGUUUUUUUGUGUCUUCUUGCCGCCUUCGGCUACCCUUUCUUGGGGUUGGUUUUGAGGAUGGAGCGUCGGUAGUUACGGAUGUGUGGUUGGAAACAAGAGGCAAGGCAGACUUCAAAAGUACCCGGAGAGCAUCGCGAUAUACGUUCCCGCGUAUAUUCAAAUCUAGAAACAACCAAGAAUCACAAAAACAAAAGAACCAUCACAAUGCUAUACCAACAGAAACAUUACCAGACAUCAGACACAUGUCUUGGCAGGCAGACAGUAACACUUUUUCCGUCCCUCUAAAAAUUGAACCAGAAG